CGUUGCUUCGCUGUAGCGUCGGUGCCCGACUUGGCGGUGUGUAAACUUUCUGGCCGAGGCGUGCGGGGGGGCCGAGGCGGAUCGUCUGAGGAGGGGGGCUGACAGUCUGACUCCAGAGGGUCCCUUUUACGAAGUUAAAAGGGUCUCAGGGGAGGAACAUGCCACCAAAGAGAAAGACCGCUUCUUCAAGCCAGGCGGGUGGCAAGAAGGUGAAGCAGGAGUCAGAAGCAGCCCAGCCAAAGGAUGCGUUCGCCUCUGCCAAGGAGGCCCUCAUGGCUGCCAGUUCACAGCCCACGGGCAAGAGAAAGGUCGACGAGCACUGCGAGCUGUCCGGGGCCGCAGAGGUAUAUGAAGACUAUGACUGCAUGCUCAACCAGACCAACAUCGGAAAUAACAACAACAAAUUUUAUGUCAUACAAGUUCUUAAAGAAAGCAGUCACUACUAUUGCUGGAAUAGAUGGGGCAGAGUGGGAGAAACGGGCCAGUCCAAACUCUCCUCCGGUUUUGAUAACCCUGAGGCGGCUGUGAAGGACUUUGAGAAGAAGUUCAAAGAUAAGACAAAGAACAAUUGGAAGGAUCGUGUGAACUUCGUGUCCCACUCUGGGAAGUACACCCUGAUAGAGGUUGAUGGAAUGCAGGACGCUGAGGUUAAGGUGGACAGUGUCGACGGGAAGAAUAUCAAAGUCACCAAAAAUGUCCUUCCGUGCACCCUUGACGCUCCUACUCAAGAUCUCAUCAAGCUCAUCUUCAGCAAUGAUAUGUUCAAAGAGGCAAUGGAGUGUAUGAACUUAGACAUAAAGAAGAUGCCUUUGGGCAAGCUUAGCAAGUUACAGAUUGCGAAGGGUUUUGGGGUCCUGGAGGAGAUUGAGGCAGCGAUGAGCAAAAGAAGCAGGAGCACCGGUCUGGAGGAGCUGUCUUCAAAGUUCUUCACCACUAUCCCCCACAACUUUGGCCGGAACCGGCCGCCAACCAUCGACACCAAAGAGAUUGUGGAGAGCAAGAAAGAGAUGCUUAUGGUGUUGGCUGACAUUGAGCUUGCCCAGACACUGAAGUCGGAGACAGAAAAGGCUCAGGAGGAGAUGGUGGAGACAGUUCCUCACCCUCUGGACCAAGACUACAACUCGCUGAAAUGCGAGCUGAAUUUACUUGGGAAAGAUACAGAUGAGUUUAAGGUUAUUGAUAAAUACUUGAAAGCAACCGCAUGUGACUACAGACACCCGAAAAUUGUCAAUGUGUGGAAAAUUGACAGAGAGACAGAGGAGGAACGAUUCAGCGAGCAUCACGAUCUGGAGAACCGACGUCUCCUGUGGCACGGCACUAACAUAGCGGUGGUAGCGGCCAUUCUGAAGAGCGGUUUGCGGAUCAUGCCCCAUUCGGGUGGCCGUGUUGGUCGUGGCAUCUACUUUGCUUCCGAAAACAGCAAGUCUGCGUCAUAUGUGCGCACCUCCAAAAACACCGGAGUGAUGUUUCUGAACGAGGUAGCCCUGGGUAAGGAGCACACCAUCACCAGAGACGACUGCUCCUUAAAAACGGCUCCUGCUGGCUUUGAUUGUGUGGUGGCGCGAGGGACAGUAGAACCAGACCCUUCUAAGGACACCUUUAUAACUCUGGAUGGGAAGAAGGUCUCCGUGCCUCAAGGCAAACCCGUACAGCAGCCCGAGUUCUCAGAUAGCUCCUUCAGCAGCAGCGAGUACCUCAUCUACAAAGAGAAUCAGUGUCGCAUGCGCUUCCUCCUGGAACUGAGGAUGUAGCCGUUCACGAGCCGGACCCAGGCGCAGGUCUCGAUAGAACGAGUAAUCCAUUACAUUUUAAUGGCUCUUUACAAAGCUGGGCUUCACGGUUUCAUGGUAUUCAUACUGUAACAGUUUUUGAACUUGAGUAGUUUUCAGAGAUGACUCGCACUUCUCAUGCAUACUGUAUGCAUCAAAAUCUUACAUUUUCCGCUUGCAGUCAAAAUUGGUUGGAUGAAAGCAACUGUUAAAUUGCAGUUUGUUCCUAUGCUGUACGUUGGCUCUGCCCUUACAGUAUCUUCUCCUUGAUCUUUAGUUUGUUUCUGUUCAGAUUACAGUCUGGGAAGACUUGUAUAAAUCCCCUGGAAACCUUGUGUGAGCAGGCUCAAAGCUUACUGCACAUACGCACUGUUUUCGUCUUUGGGGUGCUUUGCACUGUCACCCUUUUGCAUUUUGAGUCACCCUGUGCAAGUGUUGAUGCUAUUCCAAGCUUUUCCUUCUGAAAAGGAAUGGUUCAGGGUAAGUGGGAGAAUUUGUUGUUGAUCUUUCACCAUGCUUGUGUAGAGAUGGAACACUAUGUGCUGAAGUGUUGUUUACAAGAGAAAGAAGUGGAAUUUUUUGAGUCGCUGUUAAGCGCUGUAACAAACCUAGCAUUUUGAGGAGACGCCUAGAAGUGCUCUGAAAGUGCCUCUAUUGUGUGCACGUUAAUAAAUAGUAUCCUGUUGGAAUAUCUUUUCCCAAAUCUUCCAGUUGGAAUAUCUUUUCCCAACUCUUCCAGUUAUGUUAGAAAUAUCCCCAUUCAGUGUCGGUAAUGCGCCGAGUUCCUUUUAAAUGUCCUCAGCCUUGUUGCACUAACAUUACUUGAAACCAUGAAUCAAUAAUAAAAAAAAAAAGUUUUCGU